GAAAAAAUGUUGUGCUGGAAAGAGGCAUGACUCCUGAUUGUACUUUUAAUGAAAACGAUGUUUUGCUUUACGUUUACGCAAGGGAUAAGCAAGAUUUCACUAUUCUUUCGAAAUGGAAUUUAACAAGUUAUGAACUAUUUAAUCAUCCUGAAAUAUCCCAUCAUCAAGUUGUAUUUCUCAUACAUGGUUUUAUUUCAAGCAUGAGUCAAGAUAAUUUCAUAGAAAUGGCACAAGCUUUGAAAGAAAAAGAUAAUUGUAUUGUAAUCGGGAUUGAUUGGAAGAAGGGCGCUUGUAACGGUUUAUCUAGUUUUGUAAAUUUAGUUGGUUAUCCUCAAGCCGUCAAAAACACACGUCUGGUUGGAAAAUAUUUAUCUGAGGUUACUAAGAUGCUCGUAGAUAUGAAAAAAGUGCAGAUGUCAAAUAUACGAUUGAUUGGGCACAGUUUGGGUGCACAAAGCGCAGGUUUUGCAGGAAAAGAAGUUCAAAAGUUAAAUUUAGGAAAAUAUAGAGAAAUUAUCGGUCUUGAUCCUGCUGGGCCAUCUUUCAGAAAUAAUAAGUGUCCAGACAGACUGUGCGAAACAGACGCAGAAUAUGUUCAAGUGUUGCACACAUCGAAUAUGUAUGGAACAUACAAAGAGAUUGGUACCGUUGAUUUCUAUGUGAAUUAUGGAGAAGGCCAACCUAUUUGUUUGAAAGAACCAAUCUGCUCUCAUAACAAAGCCGUGGUAUACUUUACGCAGUGCAUCAAACACGAUUGUUGUUUAAUUGGGACACCAUGGACUAGUUAUUGGAGCAAACCGUUAGAACUUUCUAAAUGCACAAAAGAAACAUGCGUUUGCAUCGGGUUGAACGCAAAGAAUUAUCCUGCUAGAGGCUCAUUUUAUGCAGCAACUGCCUAUUUACCUCCAUAUUGUUAUAAAAAAGGUCUUAAAAAUGAAUUAUAAUAAGAGUUUUUAUACAUUAAAAUGCAUGUAUUAACAGAUAAAUAAAUCAAUUAUAUACAGU